AUGGUGUUGUGUUUUGCAAGUUAUCUAAGCCAAAGCCCACUUUCUGUUUCGCUCUCUUCUCUUUUCUUUCCGGCAACACCAUGCCUUCACGCCCCACACACCAAUUCCUCCAUUUCUGAGAUCCCCACCUUCUCAUCCUCAGAUGGUUCUCUCUCCCUUGCUUGGAAUCAGGCCGGAGAAUUUGCUGGGCGAGUUUCAAUUUUGAAUCCUGUCGGUGAUUCAUUCGGUAUUGCCCUCGCGUUUUUCUCUCUCUAUUUUCGCCAGAGUUGUGGGUUUUUGGUUUCUAGAGGGGGUGUGUGCCGAGGAUUCCUUGUCAUGACAAAGAAAUUACGUUUGGGUUGUUCUUUGCAGGCGGAAGAGGAUGGACAGAAAGUGAAUAACUUUCUGGAAAUGGAUAGGGGGGAAGGAGUGAAUGAUGGUUUUUCUGGACCUGGACCAAAUGAUUCGCUUCUCCCUGGUCUAAUUGAUGAUGUUGCCUUGAAUUGUCUUGCUUGGGUUAGUGGAUCCGAUUAUACCUCACUAUCGUGUAUUAAUAAAAGGUUCAAUAAACUGAUUAAUAGUGGGUAUCUAUAUGGGUUGAGGAAACAAUUGGGGGCUGUGGAACAUUUGGUGUACAUGGUUUGUGAUCCAAGAGGAUGGGUGGCAUUUGACCCCAAAGUAAACAAGUGGAUGUCAUUACCUAAGAUACCUUGUGAUGAGUGCUUUAACCAUGCAGACAAGGAGUCCUUGGCUGUGGGCUGCGAACUGUUGGUCUUUGGCCGGGAAAUGAUGGAGUUUGCGAUUUGGAAGUAUAGCAUGCUUUGCCGUGGCUGGGUGAAGUGCCAGGGGAUGAACCAGCCUCGCUGUUUGUUUGGAUCUAGUAGUCUUGGUUCAAUUGCUAUUAUUGCUGGAGGAAGUGAUAAGUAUGGAAAUGUUCUAAAAUCAGCUGAGUUGUAUGACUCUUCAUCAGGCAUGUGGGAACUUCUACCGAGCAUGCACACACCACGUAGAUUGUGUUCUGGUUUUUUUAUGGAUGGCAAAUUCUACGUGAUUGGUGGAAUGUCAAGUAUAACUGUUUCAUUAACUUGUGGAGAGGAAUAUGAUCUCAAAACAAGGAAUUGGCGGAAAAUAGAGGGCAUGUAUCCAUAUGUUAACGAGGGUGUUCAGGCGCCUCCCCUUGUGGCAGUUGUGGAUAAUCAGCUAUAUGCAGUUGAGCAUGUAACUAACAUGGUGAAGAAAUAUGACAAAGAAAAGAACACCUGGAAUGAAUUGGGGAGACUUCCAGUCCGGGCAGAUUCUUCAAAUGGUUGGGGGUUAGCUUUCAAGGCUUGUGGAGAGCAACUUUUGGUUGUGGGUGGACAAAGGGGUCCGGAAGGUGAAGCAAUUGUGCUAAGUUCAUGGUGUCCUAAGUCAGGGGUCAGGAAUGGCAUCAUAGAUUGGCAGGUACUCGGUGUGAAGGAAAACGUCGGGGUGUUCGUUUAUAAUUGUGCUGUUAUGGGUUGUUGA